AUGGCCGACCAACUUACAGAAGAACAAAUUACAGAGUUCCGUGAAGCUUUCAACCUCUUUGACAAAGAUGGUGAUGGUUCCAUUACCACCAAGGAACUCGGUACUGUUAUGCGUUCCUUGAAUUUAAACCCUACCGAAGCUGAACUUCAAGACAUGAUUAACGAAGUUGAUAGUGAUGGUAACGGUCACAUUGACUUUCCUGAAUUCUUGUCCAUGUUGGCUAGAAAAAUGAAGGACACGGAUUCCCAAGAAGAAAUCGAAGAGGCCUUCAAGGUUUUUGAUAAGGAUGGUAAUGGUUAUAUUUCUGCUGCAGAGUUACGUCAUGUCAUGACCUCGCUUGGUGAGAAAUUAAGCGAAGAAGAAGUUGAUGAAAUGAUUCGUGAAGCUGAUGUUGAUGGUGAUGGUCAAAUCAACUAUCAAGAAUUCGUUAAAAUGAUGAUGUCUAAAUAA